ACAAGCCUGCCGGAGCUUGGGUGCAGUCUGCUCCUGGGAACCUGAGCUGACAGCUGGCAGCAAAGGAAGUGACCUGCAUGGCUUCAAGUCCUGUCGUUUCCCACUCUAUCGUCCCAAGGCCUCGACCGGCUCACCAGAAUGAGUCAGUACGAUUCCCAGAACACACUGAAUCGAAGAAGCGACCUGACCGCCGGGGGGUCCAUCCGCUACUCCCGGAGAGAGUUUGUGCACGGAGGUGGUAAUGGAUACAACUCCAUGGAGAGAUACAACACCUUUUCCAAGUCUUCAGUCGGAGGACUGCCGUUAGACCCAGGAGGAACGGCAGGUGCCAUUAAAGGCGGACUGAGUGGCGUCAAUGAUAUCCACCAAAGAGCAGCGUCCCUUCAAGCCCAGUGCCAGGAGGACUUAAGGAGAGCUGAAUUUGCUCUACAGUCCGGUGAUUCUACAGCUGAUGCAGAGCGCUACAUGUUGAGGGCCAAAGGCACUAUUGAUCAUCUGAAGAACUAUGCCAUGGACCUGAGACAGAUGGGACAGCCACAUGACAAUGUUGUCAAAAGUUGGGAAGUUUGUAACGACCAGUUGAAGGGGGUCCACUUGGCCAUGACUGGCUCCAUGCAGAGGAGGAGGAGUGCUAAAGGAAGCUCUGGGUCCUGGGAAGAACCGGGUCGCAGCUUUCACGAUGCAGUGGCCUGGAUUACGCAGCAAAAGCAUCUGAUUGGAACUUCUUCCUGGGGAGAGGAUCCUCUAGGCAUAGAGAAGCAUUUAAUCCUUCACCAGAGGUUUCACAACUCCAUCCAGAACAGCCCUGAAGUGGAACGAGCCAGGAAUGACUUGGGUAAAAAAGGAGACAAGGGGAAUCUUCAUGCUUUGGAGCAAGAAUGGGACAGUCUACAGAAAAUGUCCUUUGGUCGGCUGCAGCAGCUGGAAGACCUCCAGCAGAUCAUUCAGGAGAUGUCAAAAGAAAUUAUGUGGGUCAAUGACAAGGAGGAAGAGGAGCUCAUAUUUGAUUGGGGGGAAAAGAAUAUUGACCAAUACAUCCCCAAGAAGCAAGAGAGCUAUUCAAAACUGAUGAGCGCCCUGGAGGAGAAAGAAAAGCACUUGAAUAAACUGAAAGUCAGAGUGGAUACCCUCCUGAAGAACAACCACCCAGCUUCAGACAAGAUAGAGGCCUAUAGGGACACACUGCAGACUCAGUGGAGUUGGCUCCUGCAAAUUACCAAGUGUAUGGAUGUGCACCUGAAGGAGAAUGCAGCAUACAACCAGUUCUUUAAAGAGGCCAACGAGACAUACAGAUCCCUCCAGACGGAACAAGAAACCCUCCGUAAGAAAUUCAACCGUGACAAGAAUACAUCACUGGACAACCUGCUGGAGCUACUCAUGGAACUGGAGAGGGAAAGAGAGAAGAUCAUGGAUCACAAAAGGCAAGUUCAACAUCUUGUUAACAAGGCCAAGACCAUCGUCAGACUGAAGCCCAGAAACCCAGAAGAGAAGAGCAGCACCCCUGUCAUUGUCAAAGCCCUUUGUGAUUUUAAACAAGACCAGAAAGUGAUCUGUAAAGGUGAUGAAGCAAUUUUGAAGGGCAACAGUCAGCGCAGCAAAUGGGAGGUUACAGGACCCGGGGGCCUAGAUAUGACUGUACCCUCUGUGUGCCUGAUAAUCCCUCCUCCUAAUCCACUCAGCAUUGGUUUGGCCACCAAAAAUGAGCAGUAUUUUGAGUCCAUCCUUUCUCUCUGGAAUCAGUUGUACAUCAACAUAAAGAGUCUCAUUGCCUGGCAGUACUGCCUUGUGGAUAUCGAUAACAUCAACUUACUCACCAUCUCCAUGCUGGCCUCCAUGCAACCAGAGGAAUACCGCAAACUUAUCAAAAGCCUUGAGACUCAUUAUGAAGAGUUCAAACUGAGUUGCCAAGGCUCGCAGAUGUUUGCUGACGAUGACAAGAGGAGCAUCGAGAGCCAGUUCAAUGGAGCGCAGACCCACUAUGAAACUCUAGUGGUGCAGUUACCUACGUACAUAGAUGCACAGCAAGUAUUUGAACAACCCCAACAACAGCUGUUUUUUGUGCAACUUGCUGCCGAAGAAGACACCAGAGACUUUGAGGAGGAGCAACUGAGAGCAGAGAAAAAAGUGAAAGUGACAAAAACAGAGAAAAAGAAAGUCGUCUCCUCCUCUCGCAGUUUAACAGAGCUGCUCACACUCAGAUUGAAGCUGGAGUCAGCCGAGGGUUUGCUGAGUCAACACAUUCACGUCUGCUUUGGCGACGAUGGGGCCAAAGACUGUAGCCUCAAAAUCAUCCAGCUGGAGGACUUACAGCAUGAUGUCUCCUUGAUACGAGAGGAGUACCUAAGACUUAGGGAGCACAUUAUGAAGGAGUUGGAAAGCAUGAGUGAUUCAGAUAAAGCUGCGUUCCUACAAAGUGAGCUCGGAGUCAUCAACCAACGUCUCAACAGUCUUGAGAGCAGCUCAUCGGCUUACUUUCAGCGGCUAGAGGCGCUCCGGAACUUGCUUCAAAGUAUGGCAUGGACUGAAGAUAUAGUUAAAGUUCAUGAGGCAAGAUUGACUGAGCAGGAGACGACCUCUCUUUUGCCAAGAGACGUAAACGACUACAUGAGGACGCUUAAGAGUAACAGGGAAGAGUUGGAUCAGAAGAUUGAUGUUUUGGCCUCCAUGGAGGCAGAACUGGCCAACGCAAAGCUCUGGAAUGAAGAAGUGGGUGGGCCCUUCCACAGGUGUGACAUUAUGCUGUCCAAAUAUGCCGAGCAGGUGGACCUGCUGUCAGAUCGCUGGAAACGAAUACAGACACAGAUGGACAACAGACUCCAGGAUUUGCAGCGGUAUCUGCCUCAGCUGGAGCACUUCAAGCAAACAAGUCACUCCCUUAGUGACUGGAUUGACAACACUCGCAAAAAACAAGACAUCCUGCGAACGACGAAAAUACAGACCGUUGAAGUUCUGAAGGACCAUAUAAAGAACGAGAAGGCCCUGAAUGCAGACAUUAAAGCAGAAAGGUCAACAGUAGAAAGUGUACUCAAAGACAGUGAUGCCUCUGUGAACUCCAUCAAGGAAUAUGAAACAGACCUUGCAUGUUACGCCUCUGGUUUAGAGACUUUGCUUAACAUCCCCAUCAAGAAGACAAUGCUAAGGUCACCAUCAAUGGAUCUUACUCAGGAGGCUACUCAACUGCAGACUCGUUAUUUGGAGUUACUUACUUUGUCUGACGGCUACUUGAAAUUCCUGGGAGAGCUUCUCAAAAACAUGGAGGAGCUAAAGAUUCGUAGUACUCGGAUUGACCUUUUAGAGGAAGAACUUUGCAUGUUGAGGGAGGAUAUCCAAGACCGCAAUGCCAAGAACAAAUCCCUGGAAGAUGCUGUGUCCCGCUAUCAGCUUGAGCUCUCCCAAUCAAAUGAAAAACUGCUGUCAGUAGAGGAGAUAAAGCGAACUACUGCUUUGCAGUGCAGCGACACAAAAGACAGCUUAGACACCACUCAGAAUCAGCUGGCAGAUCUUAGUGAUCAGGUGACACGUCUGAACUUCUUGCUGGAGGAAGAAAGGAGAAGGAGGAAAUUAGCCGAGGAGCGUUAUUCACAACAAAAAGAAGAGUAUGACUCAGUGCUGAAGAAGCGGCAAACGGAGCUUGAGAAUGUCAGCUGGUCCAAAAUGGAAGUGGAGAAUAGUAUGGCAAACAAAGAUCGUGAGAUUGAACAGCUGCGGCAGAAACUAGCAGCGGAAACGUCAAGGGGUGCAGAUCUACAGAAGGAGAUUUUAAAGACAUCAACCACGAUGCAACUGCGAGAGUCCCAGUAUGGUGAGAUAGUGAAAGAGAGAGAUGCUCUGUUGCUAAAACUCCAGUUGGCAGAGACUGAAAAAAAUGACCUCCAAAGUCAAGGGGAAGACCUCAGACGUAUUAGGCUGUCUCAUGAGUCAGAGCUUCAAAAUAAGCACCGUCUACAGGAGGAGAAUGACAGGUUAAAACGAGAUUUAAGUUACUGGAAGGAACAAUAUGAAACCAAGCAAAAUCUUGCUAGGCAAUAUGAUGCAGACAAAGAGCAUAUGGAGAAGGAAAUUAAUACUUUGAAAAGUGAGAUACAGCGGCUGCUGAGAGAACUUAGUGACAUUGAGGAAACAUAUAAAAGAAAACUGUUAAUCCUCCAAAAAGAACUCACUGAGUUGACUGUUGUCAGACAAACCAUGCAGGAUGAGCUAACGAGAGCUAGAGAACCCCCAACAUUGGAUCCUUCCACUGUGAUUUUUGAUGGUAUCCGUAAACCAGUCACAGCAGCACAAUUGCUUGAUUGUGGUGCUUUGGAUCAAUCAACUUUUAACCAGCUCAUAAAAGGGCAAAUGACUGUCCAUGAAGCGUCUCUUGAUAAAAAGGUUAUUUUAAAAGGGACAGGCCCAAUUGCAGGAGUUAUCAUUGAAAAUCCGGAAGGUGACAGAUCUAUUUCUGGUUUCCCCUAUAAAAUAACUCUCACUGAAGCAAAGAAAGAGUGCCUCUUACCAGCACAUGUGGUUGACCUACUCCUAGAUGCACAGGUAGCGACAGGCCACAUCAUUGAUCCCAGAACUAAUCAAAAGUUGACAGUAGAAGAAGCAUGUCAUCAAGGUAUAAUUGAUGAAGAGGAUCGACAAAGGUUAAAAGCAACAGAAGCAGCAGUGGUUGGAUACAGAGGACCUGCCACGAACAAACCCCUUUCAGUAUUUCAGGCAAUGAAGAAAGGCCUCGUCGACAAGACAACAACAUUGCGCCUGUUGCAAGCUCAGGAGUCUGUCGGUGGCAUACUAGAUCCCACACUCAGUGUGUUCCUUCCUAAAGAUACAGCUAUUGAGAGGAAACUGAUUGACAAUGAUAUGUACUGCAUCCUGAAUCAAAAGCCUGAGCUUUACUCAGACCCAGACAGUGAGACUGAUGUAACUUAUUUUGCAUUGAAAAGGAAAUGUAAGGUAGAUCCACACACAGGCCUGCUUCUUCUUUCAGUACUUAGGAAACUAGACCCGUCUAAAAUUGUCUUUGACGCUCUGCGGAAACCAGUGACGGCCAAGCAGUUGCUAGAUUGUGGUAUUUUAGACAAGUCAACAUUUAAAGAGCUUGAAAAGGGGAAGGCAACUGUCCAAGAGGUGUCCGUUGACAAACACAUCAAUCUCAAGGGAUCUGGUCCGAUUGCUGGAAUUAUAGCUGGAAUUAAAGGCAAAAUGUCUUUGUCAGAGGCCAAAAGACACAAUCUUCUUUCUCAUGAUUGUGCUGAUUUGCUACUGGAAGCCCAAGCUGCCACUGGCCAUGUCAUUGACCCCAUAACCAAUACAAAGCUGACAGUAGAGGAGGCAGUUGCUGCCAGAGUUGUGGACACAAAUGAUCGUGAAAGACUCUUAGCAGCACAGGCUGCUGCUGUUGGCUACAAGGAUGCCAGUGCAGGCCAUCCACUUUCAGUCUAUGGAGCCAUGAAAAAGGGACUUAUUGACAAAAAAAUGGGAAUACGCCUGUUGCAAGCCCAAGAGUGUGUUGGCGGGAUACUAGAUCCCAAUCUCAGUGUGUUCCUUCCCAAAGACAUUGCCAUUAGCCGUAACAUUUUAGAUGUAAAUGUCUGUAAUGCUCUGAACCAGAAUCCAAAGUGUUAUCUUGACGCAGAAAAUGAACAGGAUGUAAGUUACGGAGAUUUGAGGAAAAGAUGCAAGACAGAGGCUCACACAGGUUUGCUACUGUUGCCGAUUACCGAGAGGAAAGACCCAUCCAAACUAAUUUUUGAUGGUGUACGUAAACCAGUCACAGCACGUCAGUUGCAUGAUUGUGGAAUAUUGGACACGCCUUUGUUUACCAAAUUAACAAAGGGAGAGAAAACUGUUCCCCAAGUUUCGGAUGAAAAGCGUGUAUUUUUAAAAGGGUUGGGAUCUAUUGCUGGUGUGUCAGUUGGAUCUUUAGGCAUAAUGUCUUUAUCAGAGGCCAAAAAACAGUUGCUGAUUUCCAAAGAUUGUGCAGAUUUACUGCUUGAUGCCCAAGCAGCAACCGGCCAUAUUAUUGACCCUAGAACCAACCAGAGGUUUACAGUAGAGGAGGCAUGUGCCAGAGGAGUGGUGGACAGAAGAGAUAGAGAUCGACUUCUGGCAGCAGAAUCUGCUGCUGUGGGCUAUCGGGAUCCGAGCACAUCAGAAUCGCUUUCUGUCUUUGAAGCCAUGAACAGAGGAAUAAUUGACAGCAAAACUGGACUACGUCUGUUGCAGGCCCAGGAGUCUGCCGGGGGGGUUAUAGAUCCCAAUACCAGUGUGUUCUUCCCCAAAGACAUAGCAUUGAAACGUAACCUUUUGAAUAAAGACCUUUUUAAGGCUCUAAAUCAGAGUACAGCAUGUUAUCUCGACCCAGACACUGAGUGUGAAGUCUGCUAUGAGGCUUUAAAGAAGAAAUGCAAAACACAGUUCAAUACUGGUUUGAUCAUCUUGCCAGUUGUUGGCAGAAAAGACCCUUCUAAAUUGAUGUUUGAUGGGGUACGCAAGCCAGUCUCAGCAAAGCAAUUGUUUGAAUGUGGAGUCAUUGAUAAAUCUACGUUAGACGAUUUAGUGAGAGGGGAAAAGACAGUCUCUGAGGUGUCUGCUGAAAAAAAUGUCUAUCUGAAGGGAAAUGGACCCAUUGCUGGGGUAGCUGGACAUAAAGGAAAAAUGUCUUUGUUAGAGGCCAAGAAACAAUGUCUUCUGUCCCCAGAAACUGCAGAUUUGCUAAUGGAAGCCCAGGCAGCCACCGGGUACAUAAUUGAUCCCAGCACCUAUCAGAAAUUGACAGUUGAGGAGGCAUGUGCCAAAGGAGUAGUGGAUAUAAAGUACAAAGACAAAUUGUUGGUUGCAGAAGCUGCUGCUGUGGGCUAUAAGGAUCCAAGUAUGACCAAACCUUUGUCAGUGUAUGAGGCCAUUAAAAAUGGACUUAUUGACAGGAAAACUGGUUUACGAUUCUUGCAGGCCCAAGAGUGUGUGGGAGGCAUACUUGACCCUGGGCUCAGUGUAUUUUUGCCUAUAGACAUGGCAAUCAAGCGCAACCUAAUAGAUGCAGACCUUUGCCAUGCUCUAAAUCAGUAUCCUGCAUUCUACCUUAAUCCAGACCCUGAGCUUGAUGUUAGUUAUGGGGUUUUAAAGCAACGAUGUGAGACAGAGCAUCACACUGGUCUUAAAAUGUUGCCAAUUUCCGAAAAAAUUGAUCCCUCCAAAUUGAUUUUUGAUGGUGUCCGCAAGUCUAUCACAGCAAAACAGUUGUUUGACUGUGGAAUCUUGGACAAACCAACAUUAAAUCAACUAAUCACGGGUGAGAAAACUGUUCCUGAGGUGUCUGCGGAGAAAAAUGUUUUCCUUAAAGGUACUGGUGUAAUUGCUGGGGUUGCAGUUGGAUCAUCCAGAAAUAUUUCCUUUACACAGGCAAAAAAAGAAAACAUUAUGUCUGCUGACAGUGCUGACUUGCUGCUUGAGGCACAGGCAGCCACAGGGCACGUGAUUGACCCCCGGACUAAUCAGAAAAUGACCGUAAAGGAAGCAUGUACCAGAGGACUAGUCAGUAAGGAAGAUGAAUCAAAGUUGUUUGCUGCUGAAGCUGCUGCCAUAGGUUACAGAGACCCAAAUACUUCCAGGCUCCUGUCAGCUGGUCAGGCCAUGAAAAAGGGACUGAUUGACAAAGACACAGCUCUACGCAUACUUCAAGUUCAAGAGUGCACAGGAGGUAUUUUAGAUCCGACCCUAAGUAUAUACUUACCUAGAGACAUUGCUAUGGAUCGGAGUCUGAUAGAUGCAGACCUAUACGAGGCACUCGGUCAGUAUCCUGAAUGCUUUCUGGAUCCAGACACUCAACUUAAAAUUAGUUAUUUGUCUUUGAAAGAAAAAUGUAGGAAGGACCAAGGCACAGGGCUUUUGCUUCUCCCAGAACCCAAAAAGCCAAAAACUGUCCAGGGGCUUAGAGACAAGGUAUCUGUGAUAGAUCUACUGCAUGCACAACUUCUGGAACCAUCUGAUAUUGAAGAAUUGAAAGAAGGCAGAUUGAGAAUUCAGGACAUUGAGUACCGCCUGCGCUCCUACUUGGGAGCGUCCACCUGCAUAGCAGGAGUAUAUGAUGAAGCCAGUGAUAAGGUGAUGACAUUUUAUAAAGCCAUGCAAGAUGGACUGAUGCAACCUGGGACUACUCUGAAGCUUCUUGAAGCCCAGGCUGCCACUGGUUUUGUAGUGGAUCCAGUCAACAACACUCACCUGACUGUUAGUGAUGCUUACAACAAAGGAUUGUUCGGGCCAGAGUUCAAGGACAACAUGAUUUUGGCAGAAAAAGCUGUAACUGGUUAUAAACGAUCUGGUACAAAUAAGGUUAUCUCCCUCUUCCAGGCAAUGGAGUUUGGUCUCGUUGAAAAAGCACACGGCAUCCGUAUGUUAGAGGCCCAGAUUGCAAGUGGCGGUAUCAUUGAUCCUGAACACAGCCAUCGAAUUGAUGUAAAUGUGGCCCACCUCAGAGGGUACAUUGAUGAGAAAAUGAAAAAGAUCCUGACUGAUCAGGAUGAGGAUACUAAGGGCUUUAUUGACCCAAAUACAGAGGAAAAGUUAACCUAUACUGAGCUUAAGAAACGCUGCAUUACUGAUAAGAAGACUGGUUUGAUUGUUUUGCCAAUUGCAGACAAAAUAAAACAAGACGCAUCAAUAAAAAACACCACAAGAGAGAGGAGAAUACUUAUUGUGGACCCAGAGACUAAUAAAGAGAUGACUGUUCGUGAAGCAUACAAUAAAGGAUAUAUUGACUAUACUACCUUCAUGGAGCUGUCUCAGCAGGAAUGUGAGUGGGAAGAGAUCACCACCACUUCUCCAGAUGGUGCCAAACGAUUUGUUAUCAUUGACAGGAAGACAGGAAGAGAGUAUGACAUCAAUGAACUGCUUGAGAAAGGAGUCAUUGACCACUCGGUCUUUCAUCAAUACCAGUCACGUAUCAUCACUUUAACACAGUUUGCAGAUAUUAUCACUGAAAAGACUGAGCAUAACAUAUUUCCCCCAACAACUGCGUCAGUUCCAUCUUCCAUGUCCUCAUCCUCGACGGUAUCAAGAAAUGCGGUUUCUCCGUCAAAGAUGACCGCCACAAUACCACAGACUAUUCAAGAGCAAAGCUCUGCAACCAAAAGUGUUGCUCGAGAUUCGACCAAGACCGCGAAGCAAAUGUCAAGUAUUUCGAUCAAACUGGCCUCUCCUGUUGAAAGUGUUAGUGAAAGGGAUCCUGUGGGUGCCAUAUUUGAUACUGAGACUUUAGAAAAAAUAUCUAUCACAGAGGCGAUAAAACGUGGUCUUGUGGAUAACAUUACUGGCCUGAGACUACUUGAGGCCCAGUCCUGCACUGGGGGGAUUAUAAAUCCAGCAAAUGGCCAUCGCAUUGGCAUCCAAGAAGCUUCUCGCCUAGGUAUAAUUAAUGAUGAUAUGGCUACUAAACUCAAGCCGGCCCAGAAAGCAUUUUUUGGCUUUGAAGAUGUAAAAACUGGCACUAAAAUGUCUGUUGCUGAAGCCAUUAAGGAGAUGUGGGUACCUUAUGAGGCAGGCCAGAGGUUUAUGGAGUUUCAGUUUGUAACAGGAGGGCUUUAUGACCCAGAACUUGGCUGUAGAAGGAGUAUUGCGGAUGCUUUGAAAAUUGGCUGGAUCAAUGAUAGAACUGCUACAAAGCUUCAAGACAUCAGUCACCACACAAAGAUUCUAACAUGCCCCAAGAGCAAACUAAAAAUGUCCUAUCAGGAGGCACUUGACAAUUGUCUGGUAGAGGAGUCCACUGGGGUGAAAAUGCUACAAGCAUCAUCUGUCUCCUCCAGAGGAAUAAGCAGUCCUUACAAUGUUGGCUCUGCCCCAGGAUCCAGCACAGGUUCUCGUACUGGCUCACAACGUAGUUCCCGAAGGAACAGUUUGGAUUUAGGCUCCCCCACCAACGUAGUGACCAGUCAUCACAGUCAUACCAGGCUCACCAGCGUCACCACCAGAUCGGAAAAGAACCAAAAAUAGAAUGACUGCAUUUAUAGUCAAUAUCAUUGUUAGUGAUUCUGAAUUCCUGAAAAGUACUUUGAUUGUUGUCAAUAGAAACGUAACCUAAUGAUAUUCUUCUGCAAAAGAAGAGACGCACGAUUGAUGUUUUAAAUUUGCAUGUGAUGGGUGUCUGAUAUUAACACAAGGUGGGCCAAGAAAUGUCUGUUGUGUUGUCAUUUUGUAAGCACUUCUUGUAUUUCAGUAGAAAUUUCCUAAUUUUAGAUUUUAAGCUUUGGUAACAGUUACACAGUGUUUGGAUUUGUUCUGUUUCUUUUUUUUUCUGUGUGUGGCUGUGAAGUUUAACGGUAUAUCUCAGUUUGCUUGGUUUCAUGCAAGUUUAAGUUCUGUAACACUUUCUGAGUAACUCAAAAUAAAAGCUUUAACCUUC